AAAAUAAGUGUUUAAUAUCACAUCUAUAGCACUUAUAUAGCUGAGAGAGAAAGGAAAAACUUAACUAAACAGCACUUCAACAAUGGCCACCCUAGUUGUUAAUAACCAAAGUUCUCCUUCUCAAGAUGCUGAGGCUCUCCGACAGGCUUUCAAAGGAUGGGGGUCUGAUGGGAAGGCCAUUAUAGCAAUACUGGGUCACAGAAAUGUUCAUCAGAGGCAGGAAAUCAGAAAAGCUUAUGAGGAGAUUUACCAAGAGGAUCUCAUCAAACGCCUUGAGUCUGAGAUUUCUGGGGACUUUGAGAGAGCUGUGUAUCGGUGGAUGUUGGGGCCUGCAGAUCGUGAUGCUGUUAUUGUGAAUGUAGCAAUCAAGAAUGGGAGCAAAGAGUACCCUGUGAUUGCAGAGAUUGCUUGUGUGCUAUCAGCUGAAGAGCUCUUGGCACUGAGGCGUGCAUAUCACAACCGCUACAAGCGUUCCUUGGAAGAAGAUGUCGCAGCUCACACCACUGGCCAUCUUCGCCAGCUUUUGGUUGGAUUGGUGAGCUCAUAUAGGUACGAGGGUGAUGAGAUCAAUGUGAAAUUGGCACAAACUGAAGCUAAUAUUCUUCAUGAAACUGUCAAGGAGAAGAAAGGAAACUAUGAAGAAGCCAUCAGGAUCCUUACUACAAGAAGCAAGACUCAACUUGUGGCCACUUUCAACCGCUACAGAGAUGAGCAUGGAAUUUCCAUCAGUAAGAAAUUGUUGGAUCAUGCAUCUGAUGACCUCCUCAAAGUGUUGCACACUGCUAUUCGCUGCAUCAAUGACCAUAAGAAGUACUAUGAGAAGGUUUUGCGCAAUGCAAUGAAGAAAUUUGGAACUGAUGAGGAAGGUGUGAGCCGUGUGAUUGUUACAAGGGCUGAGAAGGAUCUGAAGGACAUCAAAGAGCUAUACUACAAGAGAAACAGUGUUCACCUUGAGGAUGAAGUGUCCAAAGAGACCUCAGGGGACUACAAGAAGUUCAUCCUCGCUUUGUUGGGGAAACAUGACUAAAGAACAUGCUCUAAGGGCAUACCUAGUGAUGGGUUUCUGGUUGUGAUUUUCGUUUUCAAUUUCCAAUAAGAUCGAAUAUGUUUUUAAGGGUCCUGUCUCUAGCUUGAGACAACUUGGAACUUGUGUCUUAUUUGAGGGCAUGUGUCAUGUUUCAUUAGGGUUAUGUUGGUAUUUGGAAUUUGCUCUUAUAUAUAUGAGGGCAUCUGUUUCUUUUUGGGUCAUGUUUGGUUUGCUUUUAAUGAAAGGUUAAUACCAAACUUAUAUGAAUUGA